CACAUUGCAUUUUUAGCAACAAAAAAACAGAGCACUAAAAAGGAGACUGAAGGAACGGUACUUGGUUGAGGUUUGAAUCCGUAGCACUUGUCAUGUUUCUUCCUAAUCAAUUACAUUUGCUUUAGAUGAUAAACCGACUUUAUUAUUAAUUUAAGUCCUAAUUAAAAUAAAUUGUUUAAUGAAAUCAAUCUACCGCAUGUCACACACGUAACCAUUUAUAUAACGGCUAUAAAUUUAAUACUAACGGCUACAAAUGGAAACUAAUAACCAAUAUAUACUUGUUAAUCUCUAUGACAUGAUCAACUCUUAUUACACAUACAGAGGUUGUCGGGAAAAAAACUAACAUAUACAGACCGAAAAACUGUUCAAGUUACUGAAAUUUUUUGUGGAUUUCAUAGAGAGAGCGCAGCAGCUACGAGACGGACGGGGAAGAUCGGGAACGAGGAGGAGGAGAGCAAGAUGAUGACCGGCGGGAGGAACUACACACGUCUAUCAAUCGACAGCCAGAAAGUCUCUGGAUCUGUCUGUACCCCACGAUGGUUCUUCUCAAGAGAGAGAGGUGUGAAGAUAUCACCGAGUCAUCAUCUUCUUAUCUGCUUCCAUAAACGUAAUGAAAGUAUUUCAUAUGGAGGGAGAGAAAUGCUAGGAUUUUUAUCUCUACUGCAACACCCCCUGCUGCUCUUCGUGUUUCACUGGAUCGUCUCAUUCGAGACCGUCUUCUCUCUGUUCUGGUGGAUCCGUCUGGCUCUUACUUCUCAUGGAAAGCUUCGGCCAUGGGAAAGAAUGUUUCGAAUGGCUCUUGAGAAGAGGUACACUGAAGACAUGGAACUUGAUGAUGCCAUUCUUGAUUCUGUAAAACGUUUGGAACUUGUUAAGACUCAGAGACCCAAUUUAGAAUCUGUUUUCUUUUUCCUACGUUUUAAAAUGUUCAAAACUUCCACAAUCAGAAGUCAUGCACACAAAUUAACUGGGCUAGAAUGAGAGAAGGAGAUUAAAAUCAAUUAAGCUGAGCCUUUUUUUUGGUUGACAUGAUCUAUUAUAAGAUAGUUAGUUCUUCAGUAACUUAGUUUGUAGCCGUGUGGAGACCAACCUAGGGUGGUAGGCUAUGUGAAGUUUCCUCUUCCUAUGAAAACCAAUUACAAAUCCGUCUCUAUCUGACAAGUUUCGUAACAACGCUCUAAGUAGAACAAACUGGAGAAGGUAUGUCUUGUAUCAUCAA